GCCCACGUCCUCCCCUCCAAUUCCCUACUUCACCUGCCCUACCCCUCUCUCGUCUGUCCCCUCCCAUCCCGAAAACCUCACAAAACCCUCGCUCCCCACCACCCGCCGCCACCGCCGCCUGCAGCAGUCGCGAAGAAACCACGAGAUGAGUCGUCACCCUGAAGUUAAGUGGGCUCAGAGGAUUGACAAGGUUUACAUCACUGUACAAUUACCUGAUGCGAAGGAUGCUAAGGUCAAUUUGGAACCAGAUGGUGUCUUUACAUUCUCCGGCACUGCUGGAACGGGUGGAAACUUGUAUGAAUUGAAACUAGAUCUGAAUGACAAAGUAAACGUUGAGGCUAGCAAAAUAAGUGUAGGGGUCAGGUCCAUAUUCUGUGUUGUAGAAAAAGCUGAGGCCAAAUGGUGGAAGAAGCUUGUUCGAGAUGAUCAAAAGGCACCUCACUUUGUGAAGGUUGAUUGGGACAAAUGGGUGGAUGAAGAUGAUGAUGGUGCUGAUGUCAACUUGGAUGGGAUGGACUUUUCGAAUUUUGGCGGCAUGGGUGGUAUGGGCGGCAUGGGCGGCAUGGGUGGCAUGGGUGGCAUGGGCGGCAUGGGUGGCAUGGGCGGCAUGGGUGAUUUGGGCGGCAUGGCUGGUUUGGGCGGUUUGGGUGGCAUGGGCGGCAUGGGUGGUAUGGGAAUGGAUGAGUUCGAGGAUGAGAGUGAUGAUGAAGAAGAAGUGUCGAAACCUCAAGCCACGGAGAAAAAUACUGAGGAAGCCGCGAAAACUGAGGCGGCGGAAUCAAAGACUGAGGCAGCUCAGAGCAGUUGAAGGCUUCCCACGUGAUCCCAGCUACAUCGUAUCAUGUUUUAUGAGUGUUGAAUCUGAGGACAACCUUUUACAUUGUAGCACUGGCUGGUCUCUGUGACUUGCCAUGAAACUAGCUUAACUGGGCAUCCCACUGUCGCUCAGCAUAUUAUGGAUUUUAUUGUUUCCAAUGUUCUGUGA